CCUCGAGACGACGUUUGUGGCCAGUGCAGCGCGGGCGCCCGAGACUGGUGCGUCUCGGAGGUCCUUGGUAUAGACCUUCGUACGUAGUCUAUCCGUGCCCGUGGUAGUACAGUGGUGGUGUCGCCGUCGCCUCCACCAGACGUCUUCGUCGUCACAGGUCGCUAACAGGAGGAGCGUGUGCAACCAGCCGUGAGUCGUUGACGGGGUGCCAUCUCUCGCCCCGUUUUCGGUCGCGCUUGAGACGUCUCGGAGGAAAAAAGAAUCGCGGACUUGGUUCGACCAGCCCACACGCCCCCCAACGCCGCCGUCGCCGCGGUGCGUUGAAAAGCGCCGACGCCGGCCGGUACCUCGGCUCAUCACCCGAGAAGGUCCGCCGAUCAAGAUGACGACGAUCCCCGUGCUCUUGGUCCUUUGCUGCUGGCUCGCAGCCGAGGCCAGCGGCCAGCGCUUCCAGCAGCAGCGACUGGAGCAGGAGACCACAGGACGGCGGCCAUUGCAGAAACAGGAAGAGGCCCCGUACUACCGGGAUGCCUUGCCCCGAUCGGCGCCGGCCGUACCGCGCUACUACCCUCCGGCGCCCGUUCACUACGUGAGCAUCGGCGAGAAGCUGGACGGCGAGUACCGGUUCGGCUACGACUCCGGCAACGGGCCCCUGGGUCACAGCUACCGCCAGGAGUUCCGGCUCCCCGACGGCAGCACCCGCGGCUCUUACGGCUACGUGGACUCGCGAGGUCACAUGCGCAGGGUGCACUACAGCGCCGGCAAGAGCGGCUUCGUCAUCCUCAAGGACGAGCGCAUUCUGGACAAGGAGCCCCCGAAGGACACGCUCCUGGGGAAGGACGACCUGUUGACCACCACGGCCGCACCUGCAAAGGCUGAUCAAGUUCCGCAGCGAGACCAAGAGCUGCUGCCGCGAGCGCCCCAGUUCCAGGAGGAAAGCCGCCACGUGGAGACGCAGCAGUCGCCCCGGGCUCAGGUGGCGCCCGUGCCGCUGCCUUCGAAGUCGGCGCAGGAGAUCCAGGCCGAGUACUUUCGCAGCCAACUGCUGGCCUCGGCCACGGUGGCCCGCGAGCGCUACGCCGAACCCGAAGCCGCUGCUCAGACCGCCACUGCGACCGAGGAGGAACCACCGCAGCAGCCGCUGCCCAAGCCCCGCCUCUCCAGGCCUCGCCCGCACAGGAGGAGGAAGCGCCCAAAGAAGACCACCACCACCACGACCACCACAGAGGCUCCUUCACAGGAGGCGAAGAGCGAGGAAGUUUCCGGAGCGGAAGAGCCACCAAGUGCCGUGGCGGCCCCAGAAGCUCAGCCCUCGCCGACUCCUCAGCGCACCUCUCCUAUCCUGAGGCCCCGGAAACUUCACCGACCACCCUUGGCUCAGCUGUCCCCGCAGGGACAACGCCAGACUUCAGUGCAGGGACCGCCUCCUCUUCAGCCACCACCACUGGAACAAGGACCGCCACUGGCACAGUUCCCAAUUCCGGAAGUGCGGCGACCCGCUCAACUGCAGCGGGUGGCGAACGAGCAGCAAGGGCUGUCUCAAGAUCAGAGACCCAUCCAAGGUCACGGAGCUCCUCAUGUCGUCCAAAGGCAGCGCAGACCUCCUGCAGCCGCCGCGCCACCACAGGUUCAAGAGCGUCCGCCACAGGGAGCGAGGGACAUAGAAGUACACAGGGCGCCUCAGCGGGCUUUCGGUUCGGCACAACGUCACUCUCAGGUCGUACGUGAACCGGAGGUUCAGCGAGCCCCACCCGCACGGGCCGAACCAGCUCCCGAGCCCUACGUGCCACCGCCACCUCUAAUCGACUCGCCUCACGGCAAUGCGGGAGGAAAAACCUCCGGAUUCGGCCAGCGGCUGAGCGGGAGGCGCACUUCGCAGACCAUUGUGGCGCAGUCCGACCAAAGCCGUGACCCCGACGUCCAGGCGGAGGAGCGGCCGACUCCGUCACCGCGCCACCGGAGCCGCUACCACACAACGAGGCGGACACGCCGACCCACUCUCUCCAUAGAGUCCGAGUUUCCCGACUUCCCGGUGACCAGGGCGCCGCACCGAGCCGCUGCCGGCCUGCCUUCCAAGAGAAGGCGAGUGAAGGUUUCCAGACCGGUUCAGCUUUCUCAGGUUUCCCCCGUGGAAGAAGUCACAACGCUUGCGCCUACAACAACGACAACUCCGGAGCCAGCGCCGACUACGACUGCCAGCAUAGCGACACCCGAUCCAGGUCCGGUCGUCACAGUGGCUUCUACGCCCGGGCUGGCGACUCCUGUGUUUCCUUCAGCCGAACAGUCGUUCUACAGAACACACGGCAUCCCGCAGGGUCCUUACAAUACGUACGGCCAAGGCGUCACGUUGCCCCAGCGGCCAUUCACUCAGCCUUCUCCGUUCACUCCCCCAGUCACCGUGGCAGAAACACCGACGGUGACUCCGGCACCUAGAGAAAACCCAGCCCCCGCAGAUGGAGAGCCUGAUAUCCCACCGCAGAGGACUCUCGGCCGGCCGAAUGUAGCGGUGGCGCAGCAGGGACCACAGCUGGGACAACAGGGAGCAUUCCCACUGCGCCCUCAAGGCCAAGUGUUUGGGCAGCCCUCUUUGCUGCCUGGACAGGCUCCACCCCACCUUAAUUCUCCAUUCCCUCAAAGGCCUGUCUACCAGCUACCGGGAUUCACUCCUGGACAAAGCCCUCCCGCCCCGCAGCACUAUUUUCCGCCCCUUGGAGCACCGUUCGUGCCCCGAAACAGCACAUUCGUGCAAGACGUUCCGGUGUCAGGCCAGCCGAGGACUGUGCUACCAGAAGCUGCUGCGGCGCCGUCUCUUAGGAACAGGACAUCGGAGGCUUUUCCCCUUCCAGUCCAAAGAAGCUUCGUUGACACGUCGGCGCAAGGUGGAUUGAGACAGCAAGGGCCGGCGUUGGCGAAUCCGUACUCUUCUGUACAACCCGCUCACGUGUUCGGACCUCCACCUGGCAGUGUUCCUCCUUUCGGUGGAUUUGCCAACCAGUAUCCCGGAGCUCAAUUCCGCGGUGCCCCACCACCAGGACUAGUCGAUCCCCAGUUCCGCGGUCAUACCCAGCUGCCACUGCCCAACCAAGCUGGCGCUGCGUCCCAGAGGACGCCGAGUCAGCAGCAGAAUAGUUUCGUCACGGAGGCGACGCCCGGUGUAACCCAACUAAAUGAUUUGCGUACGACGCCUUUGUCCUUAAGCACACCUUCUACACCGGCCGAAAACCAGUAUGUUGAUGAUGUUGGGACCACCCUGCAGCUUCCCACCCCUGCUCCGCCUGCAGCGCCUUCGCUAUCCACGUUCAGCGACGAUAGGACAACGGCGGCGCCAUUCGAGUACCAGACAUCGAGACCUUCCGUCCUCCAAUACCAGCCUCCAUCGAGGCCCAGCGCGCAGUUCGCUACUUCGCCUGCUGUGCCGGAGUAUCAAACGACACCGAGACCGACGCCGCAGUUCCAGCAGUCUCUCGAACCGCAGCAACAAACAACUUCCCCAGCUCCCCAGUCCCAGCCGUCAGGCCCUCAGGCGCCGCCUUCCAGCCAGAGCCAUUUUAGGCUCGGCAACCCCCAGCAGCAACAACACAACACGAUCGGUGCGCAGCCGCAGUUCAACAGCAUAGGAGGUGCACAGCAGGGCUACGACCCAUACCAGCAGCAGUUCGGAGGUGGAUAUCAAAUUGGAAACACCCUGUUCAGCCCCGUACAGCAAUCGUCGCAGGACUUGGGAGGAGGCUACCAGUAUCCAGAUUCAGGUCCAUUCCAGGCGCAGUUUGGGGGCCCCUAUCAACCUCAAUAUACCACCGUUGAUGGCUACCCACAGUACCAGUCAUCCGCUGGCCUAGGAGACAUCAGAGGCAGUGGGACAAAUCAGCAGGGAUACAGGGCAACAACACCUCCCGUUUUCGACAGAACAUUGCUUUCAUACGACAUCGGGGUUCCUUUGAGGUCAUAGUAUCCACGUCGCUUCAUUUCCCGAAAUAGGGCGGUAAUAUAAUAGUACCCUGUGCUCUGAAGCACAUGUGCAAAGGGUAAGAAUUGAGCAAUGUCCGUUUUUGGGGUGCUUAUGUUCAAGAGAUGUUACUCGCUGGUAAAUUCUUCGCUUAUAUCGAGGAGACAAAACGAUCAAUUUUCGUUUUCACUAAUGCGUUUACGUGCAGCUGUCGCAUGCACUAGUGUAUUCGACCGUUAUGUUUCGUGGGAGUGUCAUUUCGGUUCAAAGGAAUAGUGAUUAAAUCACUUCAGUAUUGCUGACUGAGUGCAUAGAGACGUCAGGUCCAACAGGCGAAACAUGGAUUAAUGUUUUACUGAGAAGGGGAAGUUUUUGCUGAUGUAAUUUCUCUCCUUGUAACUGCAUCUUCAAAGCAAUAAUUUUCAGUGCUCCUGGUACUGCCUGGUACUAGAAAAGUCAGAGCAGCCUCCUUUGACGUGUGAGAACGUCGGUUAAACCGAAAGCUGUAUUUGCGAACGGCAAUUUUUUACAGCCACUGGGUUCAUGUGUGCCAACGAUAUCUUAAAACGCUGAGAUUAGAGUUUCGGCAAACUAUUUGAGCGCAAACGAUGCAGCUUGUCUUGCUGUAAACAUGGAGGUGUUGUGGUAGGGUAUAUCAUUGCCGACGUGUCGUAACAGGGUUAGUGAGCAAACCAGAUUGUAAUACAUAGAAUAUAGAAAGAUGUGACUGUGCCAUCUGUUACAAAGGAGUUUAGCCAUGCCGACCAUGGCCAGCAUUGACGUGGGGCUUUGUGGCACUGAUGAUAUUGCUGGAAGGUGCCUAAUUUGAGAGCAGAAUGCCCUUAACAUCCAAUAAAGCUUUAAUCACUGUAUCAUGGCGACAUGUGUCGCUGGUAUAAAAAAAGUAUUUCCGCGAUUCCUUAUUGAGUCACGAGACCAUUUAAAUACAUGAUGUGCACCUUUGCGCGUUAUUUAAGCUAGCGCUAUUUAUCUCCCUUCCUUGUCUCCUUUCAUCCUGUCUGCCUUUCCCUGUUCCUUCUUUCUGUUCAUUAUCAAGACAGGGCAGUGCCGUCAACAGCUGCGCCACCUCAAGGUCCCAUGUCAAGCGCUUCAAAGAUAGUGGGUGCCACCUUUGUUCGUAAUCGACGGUACAUACAAACAUUUAUAAAUGAAGCACCGAAGUUAGUAGGCCGAGUCAGAUUUUCUGCUCUUUUUUGGAAGGACAGAUGACGUGACAAUAUUUUAGCGUUGGCUCCAAGUGUGUGCGUGUGUUCGCUUGUGUCAGUAGUGCGCACGAAUAUCACACGCAGAAUGCAUGCACCUGGUACGAGCUAAACGUACAGCAUCCUUGCAGCAGAUGCGCAAUUUCCAGCGAGAUAGGAGACAGUGCACAAAUACAACAGAGCGUGGAGGUUUGUCUGUCUGCCCGAGCACCAUUCUCAAGCCCCCCCUCCCCCUCCCCCGCGGGCGCAGACACACACACAUGCUUGUUUUCUGGCUUCCAUGUUAGCGGCCUGUUUAUGAGUGUGUCGCAACGUUGGGGAGACAUAUGAGUGGAAUGCCGUUGUUCACAACUAUUAUCUUUGAACAGUAGAUUUUGGUAAAAACUGAUAUGCCCGUGUUGGAGUUUAUCGAAUGAUUGGUUGUGUGUGUGUGUGUUGCUACACGUUCAUGUGUUUAUGCUUUAUCUGUUCAAACACUUUCUAAUCACCCUGUUCAACCCAUUCUAUUUUUCCUCCGACAGCUGAUUAUUCUUCACCGUAGCCUUAGGUAUCCAUUGUCUUUCUUCCUUUUUCUUCCUUUGUUCGGCAAAGAGCAGGCUGCGUGUCUAUAAUUAUGUAAGUAUGCGGUAGUUUCAUUACGUCUUUGCGAUGUCAACGAUACACAUAAUUUUUGGCUGAAAUGAAAACAUACAAAUACAUCAUAACUUUAUUCAUUGCCGAGUUCGCAAAUAUUAUCGCCUCAUGUGUGGCAUAUUAGUUAGCUUUGUGAAAUUGAGGAUGCCACCGGUCUAUUCGGAACGGACUCGCUUUGUUGGGCUCCUGAGAACAUGCAUACUUCUGGUUGACUGAAUCAAAUUGCAUCAAGAUAAUCAAGAUGUUAUAUCCUUCAGCGACAGAAACGAUUAAAAGACUGUGGAACUGCAGUUCGGCUCAACUGCAGUGCAUUCAAUUACAGUUCGGGAGUUUUCAAUAUGGCACGCUCUGCAGGCACGUAUGUGAUGUGUAAUAACACAAAGACAGAGCUUAACAAGCGGCGCAUAAACAGAUACGAAUUCUUGCCUAAAAGAACUGCGGUUCCAUACGAGAGUUCCAAUGAGCGCUCCUUUUUAUACGCCUGAAAUCGUAGUCGGCUUAUCAACUUAUGCCUCAUUUUCGGUAGCAAAGUGCACUUCACCUCAAAUUGCGAACGGCGCAUACAGGAGCUCAACUUUCACGACAGUUAACAGCGCAUAUGACAAUCACUGACCUAAUGGAAGAUACAAAUAGAGUCACCGAAAAAUGUCUGACGAAAUUGUCCUUAGUUAGCGAAACAAACUUCUGCUGUCUCCCGCAGAACAGAAAUAAGCUUAGCCACAUCGACGAGUGAAACUCCUCAUGUGGUACCUGACGCUUAUAACUUUACACACACAUGAAGGGCAGCAAAGGAAUGCAAGCUAUCUAGCACACUUGGGUUAUGGUACACAUGGUACGUCUGGUUUGUGGGUUUGCCGGCGAAUCAAAAACUCCAAAACAGACUGCUUAACAAGGACGAUGCUGCGACUUUUGCCUUUCGAUCUGCCCGUUUCUUAAGGUGAUUUGUAUCUUCCAUCUUCUAGCAGGGUACAAUUCCUUGUCACCAUUUCUCCUUCUUUAUUCUUUACUCGCCAUAUUGCGAUGCUUUCGGAGUGCGUGUAUGAAGUGGGGCUCGAUAUUUGAGCUGUUUAUUGUACGUGCUUGUGCAAAGGGUAAAACCUUGUUUGAACAGACUGGUGACGCAUUGCUUACGACAGAUAGGAACUACGCGGCUUCCUCGCUUAGCAGUUCGCUACUUGGCUAGGACGUCAUUGGUAUUUGCGCCAUUUUAUGUGCUAUUUAUGAAAUGAUCAUUUCCCAGGAACUACUCAGAAAUGAAGAAGGCGCAUCCUUUUGUAUUAAAUAAUAAAACAUCGCCGAAAGCUCCCUGAGUCCUUAUGUUAAGCAGUUUUGUGUAUGUGUACCAAUGUGAGUACACUGUCGUUGGCUAAAUAUUCAAUGGCACGCCGUAUCUAACUGCCACACGACAAAGCAGAAAAGGAGAAAGAAAAAAGGAAGGAAGCAGCCUGAGGUAAUCUGAGAGUUCUUCACCCCACAACAAUGAUCAUCGGAAAAAAAUCACGCACAAGAUUUCUGAAUUUGUUAACGUCAACGCCGACGGGCACAACAAAGACAGUGCAAUAAUCGUGCGUAGUGAGAACAGUCGUAGAACCGGGUAAUUUCGUUGCCCCGUAGAGUUCGUCUCGGGACUUUACCGCGCUUCAUUUCCUUUUGAAAAGUUGCCUGCAGUGUAUAGUAAGAUGUCAGAACCGUGAAGAAGGAUUUAGCGCGGGAGAUCUUGAUUUACAAGAAACGGUAUUAGUACAGCUGUUCUGCUAAUACCGUUUGUUUCAUGUUGGCAAUCUAUGUAUGAUGAGCUGCUGACCCCAGCAACAUUACGCUUGCUUACAUUGUGAUCUGUCAAAGCAUUUGUUGAUAGUAAUGUGCCUUGACUCGUCCUUUUUUAUAUUCAAGAGUUUCUUUACGCGAGCCUACGGUUAGUGCAGUAUUUUUUGCCAAACACGUGUAUAUAUACUAAUCGUGCUUUAGACUAAAUAUAGUGAUGGAAAAACAGUACUACCUAUAUGACGUUGUGACUUUGCUGUGUUUGUUAUGACAAGGUUUUACUUUAUUGUUGAAAUAAAAACAAUGUACUUGUUAUGUCUGUGUAUGUGGUCUUGAAAGUGUCUACUGAUUUACGUUGCUAUAGUACUAUAGCUACGUUUUCAAAAAGCUCCCUGUUCGUGAGCACGGGUAAAUUUCAC